CGCUUCCGGCAGCCUUGAAUCACUAAUCAACACACCGGCUUUCCGGGCCUGACGCGACCCUUGUCUCGGGCCUCUCGGAGUCGUACAGCCGCCCAGCCCCGCACCUGCGACGUGGCAGUCCAUAGUGGAGCCUCCUUGCCUCGGUCCAGGUCCAGAUGUGCCUGUGUCCUGGCUGCCCCAGCAUUAGGGGACCCCAGGACCCUGUGAUUGGCGCCUGCGCCUGCUGACGGGUAAGGAUCUUGCAUUAGUCUUUCUCUCUUCACAUGAUACCUGGCAUUCGGUAAAUGUUUGUCGAAUUUGAAGAGACAUAUGGGCAAUGAAUCUGGAAGGGGAGAACAUCCUUGGUCCUACAGUGUUGCUGACACUGACAUUUUUCUAAGUGGUCUUAAACUGCCUACUUUUUAUGUAAAUAACUGGCUAGACUUCAUAUUUUUCACUACAGAAGCCCAUAACCUGCAGUUGCUAGAGAUUUUAAAACACUACUUUUCGGAUAUCAUCUAUAUUUAACUUGAAAGCUCUUCCUUUCUUAUUCCAAAAUGUUGAGAUACUGGGGAGAGAUACCAAUCUCAUCAAGCCAGACCAACAGAAGUUCCUUUGACUUGCUCCCUCGGGAGUUCCGACUGGUAGAAGUCCAUGACCCACCCCUGCACCAACCCUCAGCCAACAAGCCCAAGCCCCCCACUAUGUUGGAUAUCCCCUCAGAGCCAUGCAGCCUGACCAUCCAUACCAUUCAGCUGAUCCAGCACAACCGACGUCUGCGUAACCUCAUUGCCACAGCUCAGGCCCAGAAUCAGCAACAGACAGAAGGUGUAAAGACCGAAGAGAGUGAGCCUCUUCCGUCCUGCCCUGGGUCACCUCCUCUUCCUGAUGACCUCCUUCCUUUAGAUUGUAAGAAUCCCAGCGCCCCAUUCCACAUCCGGCACAGUGACCCAGAGAGUGACUUUUAUCGUGGGAAAGGGGAACCUGUGACUGAACUCAGCUGGCACUCCUGCCGGCAGCUCCUCUACCAGGCAGUGGCCACAAUCCUAGCCCACGCAGGCUUUGAGUGUGCUAACGAAAGUGUCCUGGAGACCCUAACUGAUGUGGCACACGAGUAUUGUCUUAAGUUCACCAAGUUGCUGCGCUUUGCUGUGGAUCAGGAGGCCCGGCUGGGGCAGACUCCCUUCCCCGACGUGAUGGAGCAGGUUUUCCAUGAAGUGGGCAUUGGCAGCGUGCUCUCCCUCCAGAAGUUCUGGCAGCACCGCAUCAAGGACUAUCACAGUUACAUGCUGCAGAUUAGUAAGCAGCUCUCUGAAGAGUAUGAAAGGAUUGUCAAUCCUGAGAAGGCCACAGAGGACACUAAACCUGUAAAGAUCAAGGAGGAACCUGUGAGCGACAUCACCUUCCCUGUCAGUGAGGAACUGGAGGCUGACCUUGCUUCUGGAGACCAGUCACUGCCCAUGGGAGUCCUUGGGGCUCAGAGUGAACGCUUCCCAUCUAACCUGGAGGUCGAGGCUUCACCACAGGCUUCAAGUACAGAAGUAAAUGCUUCACUUCUUUGGAACUUGGCCCACGUGAAAAUGGAGCCGCAAGAGAGUGAAGAAGGCAACGUCUCUGGGCAUGGCGUGCUGGGCAGCGAUGUGUUCGAGGAGCCCAUGUCAGGCAUGAGUGAAGCUGGGAUCCCCCAGAGCCCUGAUGACUCAGACAGCAGCUACGGCUCCCACUCCACUGACAGCCUCAUGGGGUCCUCCCCUGUUUUCAACCAGCGCUGUAAAAAGAGGAUGAGGAAAAUAUAAGGCAAAGAGGGAGAGUUUCUCUCCAGACCUACAAGACCCCAUAGAAAACCUUGAUGUAUUCUAAUUCGUUUCCAUAAACAGUGAUUUGACUUUUAUCCUUAAACACAGUGGAUUUUCCUGAUAUCAGUGGAACUGGAUUUAACCAAAUAAGUCUUGCUUUUUCCUUUUGCAUCCAGUUUUUGUAGUUUUCCACAACAACCAAGCUACCUUUCACAGACAUCAUGACACUGGGAUGGUAAUCCAGAGACCAAAGCACUGUCCCUGACAUCUACUGUGUGACUAGACAAGUGACAUAGCUUCUCUAGAGCUGUUUCUCUUGCACAACUGAGAAGAAUCAUACUGCUUUGACCUACCUUGCAGAGAUAUUAUGAAGAUGGAGAUGUUGUUAAGCCUCAAAGCUGUGCUUGAAUAGACUCACAAGUAAAUAUAUGCUGGUAUCAGAUGUCA